CCCCCGGCGGCACAAACCGUCUCCCGCGCCUGCUUCCCCCCAUGGGCUCCGUUUCGCUCAAGUGGGCCCCGGAAGAUCCAGCUACUCGCGUGCAUCCACGUGGCACUGGCCGUCGAACCGGCUAUAAAUCCCCCGCCCCGGGCGCUCCUCCCCGAUCACACCCCAGAGCAGCGCAGCCGCCUCCUUCCUCCUCUUCUCCCUCUCUCUCGCGCUGCUCUUCGCGUUCCGUUCCAGGAGAGCAGUGAGGCAGGUAGAUAGUGGUGGUCGAUCGACCGAGAGGGUAGGGCAGGGGAGGGGAGGCAAGAUGUUCAUCGAGAGCUUCCGCGUGGAGAGCCCGAACGUGCGGUACGGCCCGUCGGAGAUCGAGUCGGAGUACCGGUACGACACGACGGAGCUGGUGCACGAGGGCAAGGACGGCGCCUCCCGCUGGGUCGUCCGCCCCAAGUCCGUCAAGUACUACUUCCGGACCAGCACCGCCGUCCCCAAGCUCGGGGUGAUGCUCGUAGGGUGGGGCGGCAACAACGGGUCCACGCUGACGGCUGGGGUCAUCGCCAACAGGGAGGGGAUCUCAUGGGCGACCAAGGACAAGGUGCAGCAAGCCAACUACUUCGGCUCCCUCACCCAGGCCUCCACCAUCAGGGUUGGCAGCUACAACGGGGAGGAGAUCUACGCGCCGUUCAAGAGCCUCCUGCCCAUGGUAAACCCUGAUGACAUUGUGUUUGGAGGCUGGGACAUUAGCAACAUGAACCUGGCCGAUGCCAUGACCAGGGCCAAGGUGCUGGACAUUGACCUGCAGAAGCAGCUCAGGCCAUACAUGGAGUCCAUGGUGCCACUUCCCGGCAUCUAUGAUCCCGACUUCAUCGCAGCAAACCAGGGUUCUCGCGCCAACAAUGUCAUCAAGGGCACCAAGAAAGAGCAGGUUGACCAGAUCAUCAAGGACAUCAGGGAGUUCAAGGAGAAGAACAAGGUGGACAAGGUAGUUGUGCUGUGGACUGCAAACACUGAAAGGUACAGCAAUGUCUGUACUGGUCUCAACGACACAGUGGAGAACCUCCUGAAAUCUGUAGACAAGAACGAGGCGGAGAUCUCACCGUCGACGUUGUAUGCCAUUGCCUGUGUCACGGAGGGUGUACCAUUCAUCAAUGGAAGCCCCCAGAACACCUUUGUGCCUGGGCUGAUUGACCUUGCUAUCAAGAACAACUGCUUGAUUGGAGGAGAUGAUUUCAAGAGUGGACAGACCAAGAUGAAGUCUGUUUUGGUUGAUUUCCUUGUUGGUGCUGGAAUUAAGCCCACCUCAAUUGUGAGCUACAACCACUUGGGAAACAAUGAUGGCAUGAACCUGUCGGCCCCUCAAACAUUCCGGUCCAAGGAGAUCUCCAAGAGCAAUGUGGUGGAUGACAUGGUCUCAAGCAACGCUAUCCUUUAUGAGCCCGGCGAGCAUCCUGAUCACGUUGUCGUGAUCAAGUAUGUGCCGUACGUUGGGGACAGCAAGAGAGCCAUGGAUGAGUACACCUCUGAGAUCUUCAUGGGCGGCAAGAACACCAUCGUUCUGCACAACACCUGCGAGGACUCGCUCCUCGCCGCACCAAUCAUUCUUGAUCUGGUGCUCCUGGCUGAGCUCAGCACCAGGAUUCAGCUAAAAGCUGAGGGAGAGGAGAAGUUCCACUCCUUCCACCCAGUGGCCACCAUCCUGAGCUACCUCACCAAGGCACCCCUGGUUCCCCCCGGCACGCCGGUGGUGAACGCCCUAGCGAAGCAGAGGGCGAUGCUGGAGAACAUCAUGAGGGCCUGCGUCGGGCUGGCCCCUGAGAACAACAUGAUCCUGGAGUACAAGUGAGCGCUGCGGGCGGGCGCCUACUGGAAGGGAACAAGAAAGGCGAGACUAGCUAUGGGACUGUGUUGGCUUCUCGUUUGUUUUUUUUGCCUUCUUUCCUGCUCAUUGUUGUACAAGUAUGGGUUUGUUCGUCAGGUCGUAAUUAUCAGGGCUCUGCUAUUAGCGGCACGAAUCCUGUAACUGUGUCGUAUGAUAAUGUACUGAGGGUGCUAGUUCCCCUCUCUAUUCCUAAGGGACUCCUACUAGUGUUCGUUGCAAAUAUGUGUUCAUC